AUGAUAACUAAUGAUAAUGUCAACUCAAGAUCAUAUGAUCCUCCAGUCAUUCCUGAUCCUUCUCAAAUGCUUGAAGAAUCCCAGUUCAUCAAUAUCUCAUAGAAGCAUCUUCUUUUUCCGAAUAGUCCUUUUCAGAUUGUCAAGCCUUAGGAUGUAAGUGAUUAUGAAUUCCCUUUUGAUCCAUAACCAUUGCAGAUGAUGUUUGAUUAUCCUCAAUCAGAAUAACUCUCACCAAAACAAUAAAUUAGGAAACCCUCCAAAAAUUCGAAUCUAUAAUUCACUACGCCAUAAAAGGUACAGCCUUACAGAAGGUAAUUAUUUUGA